AUUUUAUAAUAUAAUUUAGAUUUUUAUUUACUUACUAGUAAAUUGUGUUAUUUGGAUGUUAAAAUGUCAUCAAUCAUAAAAUUUGAACUAAAGGACCUUCGAAAACUAGCUAGUGAUAAAAAUUCUUGUGUAAUUGAAAAGAAAGUGACCCAAAAUAUUCCAUUACAGCCAUGGUGUCUGGGUAAUUUGAAGGAAUCGGUAAAAAAUCUUUUAGAUUAUAAAAUUGGAAAAUUUGACAAAGAAUUUAAUGGAAUAUUAUUAAGUUACAAAAAUUUACGUAUAUUACAAAAUGUAGGAGCAAUAAGGAAUGACAACUCAGAUAUUCAGUUCCAAAUACAAGCAGAUUAUUUUAUUUUUUGUCCAUAUGUUGGAGCUACAUUAAGAGGCAUUGUAUACCAAAAAAAUAUUACACAUUUAGGGGUACUAGUGCAUAGAGUAUUUAAUGUGGUUAUCCCACGACCAACAGAAGAGCCUGGAAGUGAAUGGAUAGGAACAAACAUUGUAGAGGGCCAGCAAGUUAUCUUUCAAAUAGCUGCUUUGGAUCUAUAUGGUGCUCUUCCAUAUAUUAGAGGAAAAAUUGAUGAAAGAUGGUUUAAAAACUUUGAAGUCAAUGGGGAGGAGGAGGAAAUUGAUGCAAAAAACAUAAGCUCUCUGAAUGUUUCUUAUGUUAAUUUUGACAAAACUAAACCUAUGCAAAAACAAAUUGGUGAUGGUUUACCAGGCACAUCUACAAAAAAGUCUUUGGUAAAUGCACAAGGAAUAAAUAAUUCAAUAAAUGGGAAAAAUGGUGAUGAUGCUGAAUUGAGUAUGACUCCUACAAAAAGCAAAACUAAAAAAGAAACUAAACUAUUAGACAAUGAGACCAAACAUUCUGAGCCCAAAUCAAGACCUUCAAAGAAACAUAAGAAAGAUGGAUAGUUUAUUAUACAAAAGGCAAUACAGUAUAUUAUGUAUUUUUCAUUUACAAAUUUAUUAUAGAAAUAUUUUACUGUA